UGUCUGGCCGUAAGUCAUCACUGUCAUCAGUGUCAUCUUACACCGUAACACAUUUUACAUUGGCGAGUUUGAUUUUGUGCGGUUUGCGUCAUUGUUUGUUUUGAUAAUAAAAUAGAAGCAGUUUUCAAAUUAUUUACAAAAUUCAAAACUUGUAUGAGGUUUAUUUCUAAAUAUGUCUCACAGAAGAUCAAGUUUCCAAUCAAAUGACCUAUUUCCUCGUGAAAUUGAUAUUGAGGUGUGCCUAAAAACUCUAAAAAUUUAUCAAAAAAUUGAAGGAGAUGUUAAUUGUGUUGUUUGGGAUGCAUCUUUAGUUUUAGCAAAGUAUCUCGAAACCAUGUGCCAGAAUAAACCUGAGUUCCUAAGUAGCAUUAGAGUAUUAGAACUUGGGUCAGGUUUAGGGGUUGUUGGUCUUACAGCUGCGACUCUAGGCGCUCAAGUGACACUGACCGAUUUGCCAGAAGCACUACCACUGUUGAGAUUGAACAUAAAUGAAAACAAGUCCAAAAUUUCCAGUAUGGGUGGUUAUGCUAUAGCAGAGUCUUUGGUGUGGGGUGACAGUACAUCUCAAAUACUCAAAGAAGAAUUUGACAUAAUUGUGUUAGCUGACUGUGUAUAUUAUGAAGAGGCCUUAGAUCCUCUGGUACAGACACUGCAAUGUUUCACAAACACCAUAACAAAGAAACCUACAAUGUAUUUGACUCAAGAAAUGCGAGAUUCUGAAGUACAAAAAAGGUUAUGGACAAAGUUUUUUGAAAAACUUAAUGAGAUCUUUAAUGUGGAACAGAUUCCCGAAGAAGAACAACACAAAAAUUACAGAAGCCCAGAUAUAUUACUCUUUAAAAUAACAAAAAAAUGAUUUUUUAGAUGUAAGCAUAAUUAGUAGCGUAAGCGCAUUCAGUCUAUGACAAUAAAUUAGAUCUUUUUAAGAUAUAUUGUUAAGCAUUUCUAAUAGCUCAAAUCUUUAUCUAUUUCAAAUAAUUAUUUGUCAAACUUAUUCUCCUUAAAUUAAUAGAAUGUUUCUCUAACUAUUAGCAGGAUAUUGUAAAGGUAGAUUGCUUUUAAAAAAUGCAUUUAAUUAAUUAUUUGUUAGGAUUUUUUUUUUUAUUAUACUUUUUCAUAGGCCUAUUUAUUUAUAAAAAAAUAUUGUUUUCUAGUGAUUUCAUAUUUCACUGUGUUGUUUACUAUUUAAAUAAUCAAUUACCUCAAAUGUACA